AUGUAUACAGUAAUGUAUAUCCCAGCUCCCCUGUACUCCAUUAUAGUGAUAUGACAUGUAUACAGUAAUUACUUACUCCUUGAGGCCCCCGCGGCAGUGGAGAGGGUGUCUCCUCUCAGCGGAGGAGAGCGGACCUCUCCUGCACCUGUCCCCUCAGCGACGGUGCCGACGAAGCCGGAAACCGGAACUCGGCUUCGCAAUGAGGCUUGGAGCGCAGCCGCUCCAUCAUCUGUGCUUGCCGCUAGAGAAUUUCUCCUCUCAUUUGGCGAGCAGACGAGCGGCUUUUUCAAGCCCU